CCCAGUGUAACUAUGCCUCGAGGAAGAUCUGCCAAAAGUGCCCGCUCAGACAGCAGUGAAUUGGAUAUUGAUGGCACAGAAUCAGAAAUAUCCAGACUGCAGAGACAGUUCAGGAUCAUGGAAGGAGAUCGGCAGGCUUACAGCCUUCAGGCCCGGGAGCAGAUCCGCAAACAACAGCAGGAGAUAGAGAAGCUGCUGAAGGAGCAGGAGGAGCUGCAUCGAAACCUUGGUGCGUGUAAGAGCUUGUCACGCCAACAGCAGGACAGUGAGGACACCCAGAGUCUUCGUGUUCUGCUGCAGCAGAGGGACAUGAUAGAAGUGGAGCUGAGCAAAGAGAAGCAGUGUCAAAAUGAGCUAGACAAAGAGAUUGCAAACGUGGAGUUGAAAUUGGCAGAGCUGAGAAAAGGGGAGAUCAGUACUGGUGAUAAACAAAGAUCUGAGGUACGGCGGACUCAGAAGGCCAUACGCACUUUGGAAUACAAACUGGACAGAGCCUUGACUCGCUUCAAUGAGCAGCUCACCAAAAACAGCCACCUGAGAGAGGAGUUGCAAACUUUUCAUAUUGAGCGUGCUCGUUUCCAGCAACUACACAACAGACUGGACAAGGAACUAUACGAUGUCCGUAAGAAGAUCGGGGAAAUCGUCAACCUGUCCACAGCUGCUUACGAUGCCAGGGUGGAGGCUCAGUCCAAGAUGACGAUGAUGAGGGAGAAGGCAGAGAAGGACCUCGCCCAGUACAACGCUGAGAUGAAGGAACUGGAAAGAGUUAUUGCACAUGAGUGCAUCCUGAAAGAGUUUAUGACCACCAAGUGCAGCGAGAGGAGCGGGCAGGAUGAUGGACAUGAGAUGGGACACAGACAAGUGUCCGUGCUGAAGGAACAAAGGAGGAUGGACUCGGGGGAAGAGUCACUUGACGCUCUAGAGGAGGUGUUCGAGAAGAUUCGGACUGUAACAGGAGAGGACAACCUGGACCUGCUGGUCACCAGGUUCAUCCAGGUUGAAGACCGGAACUUUGCACUUUUCAACUUUGUAAAUGAGCAAAACAAUGAGGCUGAGGCACUGAGGGAUCAAAUCAGCCAGAUACAAGCAGAGAUUGAGCAGUUUCGAGUUGCUGGUUUAAAGCACGAGGAAGAUCAUCGCUCUCUGGUGCGAGACAUCAAUGAACAACAAAAGACAACCCAGUCUCAAGCUGAAGACUAUGAAAACCAAGCCAGCAUCAUCAGCAAAAUCCUGGACGAGGUCAAAACAGGAGUGAACAGCACAUUCUCUAAAAUGGAGUGUGACAGCUCAGUGAUAGAGGAUAAUCUGGGCUCCUCUUCAGGAGUCAGUGAGAACAACAUCAUGUCCUACCUGGGUCUGGUGGAACAGAGGACCAACGAGCUGCUCACCAUACAAGCUUUCCUUAAUUCCAAGGAUCUGGAGAAGGACUACAAUCCAAAAGACCUGGCCAAAUUUCUUUUGGGUCAAAAUCCAGAAUUGCUUCAGCAGAGUGUUAGCAUUCAACCUGCAAUCAACAGUGUGGAGUAUGAUGCAGAAGAGUCACCGGUCACUGACGAGGAGGAGCGGCCACUUUCACAGGGAGAACUGCGCAGAAGAAUAUUAAAGGGGGUUCUACAGAAAGAGAGUUCAGUCCGGCAGGCAGCAACCAAAGCCUCAAAGAUCGGUCAGCAGUUUGAUGGCAGACGGCGUUCUCUGGAAGACGCACUUAUCUGACACAUUGACCUGAUCUGUAGAAGCACAUGUGCACAUCUUCCUUAACAUCUGCAGCUGAAGGGCCUGCUUUCUUUGUUUAUCAUAAUAUAGAUCAAUUGAGGCCAUGG